CUCCCACGCCGACUCUGGUAGCGACGACAAUCCCCUCGUCAGACAGAGCGAGAAUGCGGCUAAUCGGGCUCUCCACUCGCCCCGGGAGCGUCCUCCCGAGGAUAUGCCGGCCCGCUCCGUUGCGAUCAUGCUCCGCCCGGCGACUGUUCUCGACCGGCCCUCCGCUGCCGCCGACGUACGAGAAGCUGUACCACAACUACUCCCUCGUGCGCAAGGUGCUGGGCAAGCAGCGCCUGACGCUGGCCGAGAAGAUCCUCUACAGCCACCUCCACAACGUCGAGGGGUCGCUCCUCACAAACACCAGCAAUGGCCGCGACAUUAGGGGGAAGGCCAACCUGCAGCUCAACCCCGACCGCGUCAACAUGCAAGAUGCGUCGGCUCAGAUGGCCUUACUGCAGUUCAUGUCGUGCAAUCUGCCCCAGACUGCCAUCCCCGCAAGUAUCCAUUGCGACCACCUGAUCGUCGGCGAGAAGGGCGCCGCGGAGGACCUGUCGUCGGGUAUCCAAACGAACCAGGAGGUCUUCGACUUCCUCGAGUCGGCCGCCAAGCGCUACGGCAUCGACUUCUGGCCACCCGGCGCCGGCAUCAUCCACCAAACCGUCCUAGAGCAGUACGCCGUCCCUGGUCUCAUGAUGUUGGGCACCGACAGCCACACACCCAAUGCUGGUGGACUUUGCACAAUCGCCAUUGGCGUCGGUGGCGCCGAUGCCGUCGAGGCUCUGGUUGGUGCGCCGUGGGAGCUCAAGGCCCCGCGCAUCCUGAGGGUGAAUCUCAGCGGCAAGCUGAACGACUGGGCCUCGGCCAAGGAUGUCAUCCUCCACCUUGCUGGCCGGCUGACUGUUCGCGGAGGCACCGGUUACAUCAUCGAGUAUACGGGGCCUGGUGUCGAGACGCUCAGCUGCACCUCGAUGGCCACAAUCUGUAACAUGGGAGCCGAGGUGGGCGCCACAACUUCCAUCUUCCCCUUCACGGACGCCUCGGCGAGGUACCUGGAGGCUACGAGAAGGUCCGCCGCCGCCGCCGCCGCCCGAACUCUCCAGACCUUCCCUGGUGUCGGGUCGUCAGCGGACACGUACUUUAGGUUCCAGGCAGACGAGGGCGCCCAGUACGACGAGCAGAUCGACAUUAACCUCUCCGAGCUCGAGCCUCACAUCAACGGCCCGCACACUCCAGAUCUCGCGACGCCGCUGUCCAAGUUCAAGGAAACGGUCAAGGAGCAGGAGUGGCCCGAGGCACUAUCGGCUGGCCUGAUUGGCAGCUGCACCAACAGUUCCUACGAGGAUAUGACGAGGGUAGAGAGCAUGCUCAAAGCGGCGAAAGACGCUGGCCUCAAGCCGGCGGUCGGCUUCUACAUCACGCCUGGCAGCGAACAGAUCCGGUCGACGCUGGAAAGGGAUGGCACGCUGGAGACAUUCGCCGACGCCGGCGGUAUCGUGCUCUCUAAUGCGUGCGGGCCGUGCAUCGGCCAGUGGAAACGCCAGGGCGAUGUGGCCAAGGGCACCCCCAACGCCAUCUUUACCUCAUACAACCGCAACUUCCGCGGCCGCAACGACGGCAACCCCGAGACUAUGAACUUCCUUGCCUCACCCGAGAUCGUCACGGCCAUGGCCUUUGCUGGAACCACAACGUUUAACCCGCAGACAGACACGCUCAAGACGCCAGACGGAAAGGACUUCCGCUUUCCGGCCCCCCGCGGUCUGGAGGGGCCGGCGACGCCCUUUGACGCCGGCGUCCCAGAGCUGCUUCCUCUGAGGCAGCAGCCGGAUGCGAGCGUCGAGGUCAAGGUUUCGCCGACGUCGGAGCGGCUGGCGCUCCUGGAGCCGUUCGGGCCGUUCCCCGAGGGCGACCUCAGCGGGCUGCGGGUGCUCGUCAAGGUGGCUGGCAAAUGCACAACUGACACCAUCUCGGCGGCGGGGCCGUGGCUUAAGUACAAGGGCCACCUGGCCAACAUCAGCGCCAACACGCUCAACACAGCGACGAACGCGGCGACUGGCGAGGUGAACGCGGCGUACGACCUGGACGGCAGCCGACACACGAUCCCAGGCCUGGCCGAGCGGUGGCGCGAGGCUGGGCGUGAGUGGCUUGUGGUGGCAGAGCACAACUACGGCGAGGGCAGCGCCCGUGAACACGCGGCGCUGCAGCCGCGGUACCUCGGGGCGCGGGUGGUGGUGGUCAAGUCGUUUGCGCGCAUCCACGAGACGAACCUGAAGAAGCAGGGCGUGGUGCCGCUGACGCUGGCGAACGAGGCCGACUACGACCGCAUCGAUGCGGGCGACCAGGUCGCGACGGUGGGUCUGUACGAUAUGCUCCGAGCGGGCGGCAAGGGCGACGUCAGCCUGCGGGUGACCAAGUCUGACGGCAGCGAGGUGGUUGUGCCUGUCAAGCACACGGUGAGCAAGGACCAGGCCGGCUUCAUCCUGGCCGGUAGUGCCCUGAAUCUGCUCGCCGGGAGGAAGUAGAGAGGAGCUAUCAAGCGCGGCGUUAACCUGGGCGUGGGUCUAUGUUUUUCUUUUUUUUACGCAUCCUUUUCUUUCCAGAGUAUCUAAUUCGGGACCCACGGAAUCUCCCACUCGGACGUGGGUCAGUUUUCUCCGAUCUACCCCGAGAAAAAGGUUGGCUGGUUUAUACAGCGCAUUGUCAAGUCUUCUGUUUAGAAAUUGGAGUACAAAAUACAGGGCGGCAUUAUGUGUAUCUAUAUAAAGCGAAGUCGUAUCAUGUGAGCUUGUUUGGUUGUAUAACCCCGAUUUUAUAUGCUCGGACAAUGUUUAUAAUGUGGGAGUCAUCCAAGCCUCGACUAUAACAGCA